AUGGCUUCGAACGCUCUGGGUGAGCAGCUUGCUGCUAACUUGAUGAAAGCAGCUCAAGUUUUAGAGGAACAACUUGACAGCGAGAUGAAUAAGUAUAGAAACUUUUUUGAUGAAUUAAUUUUGUGAUAAUUUUUACAGGUUAGAAAAUUUAGACGAAGACGACCUGGAGGUGAUCAGACGUAAGAGAAUCGAACAGAUGAAGAAAGCACAACAAGCUCGUGUGGAAAUGCUCUCUCAGGGUCAUGGAAAGUACGAGGAAGUUGCUGAUGAGAAGGAUUUCUUCGAAGCAACUAAAAAGAGCAACAAAGUUGUUUGUCUCUUCUACCUCCCAAGUAAUUUUAGGUUAGAAGUUAUAUUUUAUCAUGGCAAGCGACGUUGCUUUUCUUCUUUCAGUCUUAACGGCAAUCUGUUUCAGAUGCAAAAUUGUCGAUAAACACUUUGAAAUUUUGGCGAAAAGACAUAUUGGCACACGUUUCAUCAAAAUUGACGCGGAAAAGGUUUGUUUAUUUUUUCCUAUAUAUUUUUUAAUUGCUUCUAUUCAAGGCUCACUUCCUGACUUCCCGACUCAAUAUUCGGGUUAUUCCCACCAUCGCUAUCGUUUUGGUUGGUUUUUUGUUGAAAUGAAACCUAAUAGUCGCUUUUCAGAAUCAACAAACAGUCGAUUAUAUUCGCGGAUUCGAUGAUCUCGGCGGAAAAGAUGAGUUCACCACGGAAGUGAGUUUGCAAAAAUUCAUCUACUUCAGGAUUUGUUGUUCAAUUUGAAGUCAUUGCUAAAUUUUUUUUAAAGGCAAUCAGACAUAACAGUUUGAACAAAAAAAAACCUUACAAGCAAAUUUCAAGGUUCUGGAGAGCCGCUUGGCCAAGAGCGAAGUUCUGACGAUCGAAAAGAAACGAGUUGAACCUCAAAAAAAGAAAAUCAUCCGUUCCGGCCAUGGAGAGUACGAUAAUGAGGAGGAUUGGUAGCUCCUCUUUCACAAUUUACUUCCUAACUUUUAUUUCUUGUUUCAUUUUUCUUCACUUUUUCCCUCUAUUCUUUGCUUAUUUUUCCUAUUUUGAACUUCUCGAGAUGAUUCAAACCGCUGUUUCUUUGUGCUACGGUGAUUUUGAUGAUCUCAUUCUCUUUUCGAGUGAUUUUUUUUUCUUGUUUUGAUUGCUUAUGCUCAUUUUUAUUGCCUCACUUUUAAUAAAUCAUUGCACUUGAUCAUUCGUUCUUCGAGAAAUACUUGCUAAUCGGUUCAAAUAUUUGAAAGUUGUACAAGCUUCAGACUCUCAGAAUAAAUAUCAUGUAAAGUAAACAGGUUAUGAGUGUCACCGAGGGGAAGAAGCCAAGCGUUUCAGAAGUUUUUCCAGAAGAAAUUGAAGAAAAUGAAGUGAAUGAAGACAAAGUUUUGUGCAAGGAGGACACUUCUUGGAUCGACGUCGGCGAUGUAAAGUUUGGGUAUGAUUUUUACCUUUUUCUUGUUUCAAAUAGGUUUUUGAUCUCUUUCCUUCCAUUCUUUUUUCUGAGAAAAAGGUAAAUUGUAGUUUCACCACGCAAUAUGAGAACGUCCCGCAGCUACAACUUCAAAACGCUGUACAUUUUGCGGCUUGUUCUUACUCAGGGCCCAUUGGUUCGUUUUUUUUUCUCUCAAAAAACCAAUGGAGAUAUUAAGUGCGGAGAAAAAUACCUUAUAAAUUAAUAUUUCUUUCUUUUUUUCAUUUCGAUAAUUUUUUUGCUCAGUUUCCAAGCCAAAAAAAGUUUUUUUGAAGCUUUGGCUCAUACCCAAACGACUUCUACAUGGUUUGUUUCCAUCAGGACGUGCAGUGGGAGGAUUUUGAAGCGGAAGUUGGAAAUUCCCGACGCCUUCGCCAUCGAGUGGACUAGAGGUCAUUAAAUUAAUUCUGAUAUUUUCAUUGGAUUUUCACCUGGAAUAUGAUAAAGACAGAAAAAAAGGGGAAAUUACUCAUUUCAAGGAACAGGAAAACAUGAAAAAAACUUUCACACUGGUUAUAUGUGUUUCUGUCAUCCUUCUAAACAAGAAAUCGUCUAAAUUCAGUUAGAGUUUUGAAAAAUGGAAAGAGAUACCAAAUGAAAACAAAACCUUUUGUACUAUAGUGAUUAAUUAAAUUCAUCAUUCCUGCAUUUUUUUUUUCACCCUUUUUCAUAUUUAGGCCAUUGCCUUCUCGUUGUGAACAACCGAGGAAAUGCCACGAUAUACUCUUCUCUCGGCGAGCAAAUCUCCGAUUUCUUCUUCAGCACUGUAAAUUUUCUUGAAUUUUAAUUGGAAUCGAAAGAAAAACUUCAGAAUAUUCGGGAAUUACGAUCUUUGAAGACGUUCGUGACUUCAAGCGACAGCGGAGCCGCCAUAUUAGACAAUGAGGAACGGAUUUUCGUGGUGAACAGCGUUGCGGAGCCCGUCGUUUGGAGCAUGAACUCGCGUGGGUUUUGUUGGAAUCAGCCUUGUCUCCGAUUGAGCUCAUUUUUUGAGGGUGUCCAUAGAUCUUGUCUUUCUAAUAACAUGAAACCAAUUUUUUUUUCUCCAAACAAUUUUUAAGCCUAGAUAUGAUUUUUCAAAGCAUCACCGAACAGGUUUGGUUAGGUUAGUGGUGAAUUUCCUUCCAGAAAUUUUUUUAAAACCCGAAAAAUAAUUUUGGAGUUAUCUUCCGUUUUCCAAAAGAAGAUGAUUUUUAGCCACUAAAGAGAAGCCGACGACAUGGACGGUUUUCCAACCCCAACAACUGCUCACACGAGUUUUGUUCGUCGUUGGAUCUCAAUUCUAUAUGGGCUCUCAAGGAGAAGAACUCGCCAUUCAGGUUUCGAACGGCUCCAGAAUAUAUUGGCAUGGUAAUGAAUUUCAGCCCCAAGCCGCGGCGUGGGCCAUCUCGCCUUGUGAUUACGUUCAGAGUGUUGUGAACGAGGCUAGAGAUCGGAUAGCUUUGUUGACUUCGACUGAUAAAGUUCAGGUUAGCUGUUCCGAGAAUAUUUCUGGAAUUCAGAAUAAUAUCAUAGUUGUCUGAUGUUCUGCUUUUUUAUUCAAGGUCGAAUUUAUUGUUUUUUUUUUUGGGCAAGUUUCAAGGUUUCAGGAUCGUGUUACAGGUAGUUUCUGCAGACCUGGAGAUUAUCUACGCGAGUUUGCGGAUCUCCCAACACGAAGUUUCGAACUGCCUGAGUUUCGGUUGGGUGACUUCCAACGGACUUUUCGCCCAGCUGUCUCCGUCGAGUGUCCUGCUCAUCAACUACUCGGACAUCAGCGAGGAGGAGGCCAUCGUCUACGAGUUUGAAUCAUUUUUGAAGUAAUAUUCGUUGAAAUAUUCAGACGACCAUUCAAAUCGUCAAGAAUUGGCGUCGAAUGCGAUGGAAUUCGUGUUUUUGAGGAAGAUCGUGUUGAAUUCAUCACUGUUGCUAAUGGUUGGUUUUCUUUAUUUAGCAGAACUUUGAUAAGUUGAUAAUGAAAAAAAUUUGAAAAAUGGCAAAAAAUUAAAGAAAAUAAUGAUCUCGAUUUGUUCAUCUGUGUUCCCCAGAUAAAAUUCUUACAAUUUAAAGUUGUUUUUAAACUUUUUUUUGGAAAUUAACUUUUCACAUGGUAUCCAAUAGUUAACGAAAAAUGACCUCAUGAAAAAAUGCUUUAAUUCUUUUGAACGAAUUGGUACUGAUAUGGUUGAAAAGCUCACGUGUUUAUUUUAACUUUAGUCGAGAAGCAGAAAGCAAAAAUUGAGCUUUCGAAACAAGAAAAAUUAUUUUGAUUUUUAAGAAUAAAUGAGCUGUCAAGACAGAUUUUUUCAUAAAUAUCGUACUACCUUACAGUAAUUAUCAUUUUAUGGAAGUUUUUGGUUUUACGCUAUAUUCGAAUUCGAAGAGUAAUUUCGAGGGCUUAUCUGUGGUUUCCUUUCUUAAUGACCGAGUUAUAUUUUGCUCUAAAACCCGACUGCAUUCUUCAAUGAACAAUUAAGACGCUCAAAGAGCCGUUCUGGGAGUUGCUUCGGCGGCGGACGGAGCUCUUCUCCACGAAGCGGCACAGUGGCUGAGCACUCCGAAGAGUCAUCAGUCUUAUGAAUAUGCCAUGCAGGUUCACUUCUGCUCCGAAAUGGCUGAAAAAUGGGCGUUUAUUCAGAUCCGUGACAUGAAAUCCGCCAUCGACGAUUGCAUUUCCUCCGCUUCGGAAGCCUGGCAGACGCCUCUCCAGAAGAUGUUGCUUAAAGCAGCGCGCUUUGGAAUGGCCUUCACGACGUCUUCCUACGACACCGCCAACUUUAUGAGGGUUAUUCGAGAGCUGAGAGCUCUCAACGAACUUCAUUCUUCACGAACUGGAAUCCCUCUCACUCAUCAUCAGUGAGUUGAGCGUCGUUUGAGCGGGCAGAAUAAUUAUUUGAAGAUGUGGUGGUUUUAAAAAAACUAGUAAGAUCACCACUACGAAGUUAUUUUUCAAAAAAGAAACUUUUAUUUUCAAGUCCGAUUGAAAUUGAGGUUUAACAAGGUAAAUUGAGAUAAAGUUUGAAAUUUUUGUGUUUAACCAGCUCCAAAAUGAUAGAAGCCUUGAAUAAAAUUACUUCACUUCCUAAUUGAAAGUUUUCUAAAUUCAGAAAAAUUUUAUUGUGAAAGUAUUUCUCAUCUCAGAAAAAUUUUUUUUUCAAAAGCAUGCAAGGUAAUAUUUUUUUAGUUUUUUUGUAUUUCUUCGUUUUUUUAGGGCUCUUGUAUAUAGAAAUAAUGUUUGAUAAUUUUAUAUCUGAGGGCAUUAGAAUAAUGUCCUUUUUUUUACAAAAGAAAAAAAUUUCUUUUCUUCAAAAAUUGAAAAAAAGUGUUUUCGAGGUUCAAAAAAAGAGACAGUGAGCCCAAUGAAGUGAGAUAAGUUUGGGGAUUCCAAAAAAUAUAACGAACAGGUUGCGAGCCAUCGGUGAGACGUGUAUGAUAAAUCGGUUGAUCGACAUGGGUGCCUACGGAGUGGCGGUUCGUGUCGCUCAAUGGCUCUGUGGAGAGUCCAGCGAGUACGUCGAUCGCGUUCUCAUGGAAUGGGUUAGGCGGAGGAUUUCUGUAGAAACUCCCUUCUUAGAUGUUCAGGUACGCCGAGCCAUCCGCCAAAUGGCCAACUCCCCGCAAAGAUACGAAAAACAGCCGAUGAUCGAGUUGGAAGAGAAGCUCUCCAAGAAGUUGUUGCAGUUCCCGCAUGUCUCUAUUGCAGGUAUGAAAGGAGAUAGUAUCUUCACAAAGGCCUAUUAGGGUUACAUAGAUGUAAGCUAUUUGUCCUAUGUUUGUCCUAGGUGUGUUCCAGCCGACUUCUUAUUAGAAAAAAGUCAUGAAUUCGAGCAUUCCUGUAAAGGUUUUUUUUCUCGAGACAAUGCUUUUUUUAAAUAGAGCUUAUAAACCUCGAACGUUAUUUUUUUGGAGAUUCAGACGCUGCACGAAGAGCCAUUGACGAAAAAUUACCCCAGCUGGCGCGGCUUUUCAUUCGAAGAGAAACGGACGACUCUAAUCACGUCCGAAUUCUGCUGCAGCUUGAUGACGUACCGGCGGCUUUGGAACGAGCGGCCAACGCCCAGAGACCUCAACUCAUUCAUCAGGUGAACAUUUCUCACAAUUCUGAGUAUUUUAAGUAUUUCAUGUAUUAUGUACGAAUUUAGCAACGCAAAAAUUUGUGAAAAAAGAACAAAACAGCCAAAAAGGAAUUUCGCAGCACUUUCCUGUUUCACUUUUACCAAUAAUUCGAGAAUCAAUUUCAAAUCCAUUUUGAUUCUCUCCCUACUAUAUAUUUCAAACAAAUUUUGGCUUGGAAGUUUUCGAUUUAUAGAAGUUUGUGUCCUCAGGUCGUCCGCCAUCUGAUGACUGGCCAACGACGAGCCGAGUACGAGUUGGCCAUUCGAAAGAUUCCUCUUGUUGGUUUUUCUUCCAGUUAAAGACAUUUCGAGAUGCUUUCCAGGCCCAAUGUCUCUAUCAGGACCUUGUGAGACAGGAAAGCGACGGAAAAGGCGCCGGCCGGCAAAUGUUAGCUCUUCUGGAACAAGCCAGCGACUUCGAAAGACAGACCCUCUACCAUCUCGACGCAGCCCAGAAAGAGAAAAAUGUAAUCAAAAACGUUAUUUGUUGGACACUUUGGCGAGUUGAGAUGAAUAGAAAUGGAAUUAGUCAUUCUUUUUAUUAGUUUAAGACGGCGAGUAUUUUGUGUCUUGCUAGCUCAGAAUCCUCAAAAAUGAAAAAAAAAAAACUAAAAUAUUUAAAUUCUUACGUACGUUAUAUUUUUUUUAAUUUUGAAAAGUGGGAAAAUACGGCUCAUUUGGUCCGAGCUCAGUUCACUGACCUUUUUUUUUUUUGAAAUAUUCUGACUUGUCUGCGGCCUCGUAUCUCUCAGGUCAGAACAAAAAAAUGAGAACAUCACAGAGCAAAAUAAGACUAUUCCAAGUUUUGACUAAUUUAGUACAAUUUUAAAAGGUUCUUUUCAUAAAAAAAAGGAACUCAACGAAAUUUUCUUCGAAGAAUCCAAACCUGAUGAAAAUUAUUUCGAAUUAUCCACCUAUUUGAAAAAACGUGUUUUUUCAGCCGUCUGAACGUCUGAACUCUCUACGGAGAGCGAAAGACGCAGCUCACAGCCUUGGGGACAGGGCUAUCGAGGAAAUUAUCAACGAUGUUGUAAGUUCUUCAAAAUUAAAACGAUAAAAUAGGUAAAGGUUCAGACGGCCUUCACUCCAUCUCAAAUCGAAAGAAGACAAACGCACAUGUCGAUACGGGAUACGGUACUCGAGUACGCGCACGACGCCCAGAAAAUCGCUCAAAUUAGGCAUCAAGUCAAACUCUCCGAGAAGCAGUUCGUUUUCAUCUUCUCAAAAACUUUUGCAAUGAAAAUCUUGAGAUUUGCGGUCUAACUUUUGAUUAAUUCGAAUAAAAUGAUCUUCAACAAAAAAAAAAUUGACUCAGUAAUUUUACAAUCUAGGGUGUACCUUUGGACGAUCGAAGGCCUUGUCAAAAAUGGCCGAAUGGAGCAACUUUUCGACAUGGCCCAGCGGAAAUCUCCUGUCGGCUACGUGGUGAAUUUUCGAAGAAUUUAGGGCGUCCAAAGCUAAAGAUGACACCACUUGAAAUUCUAAAUAAUUUUGAAAAUGAGAAAAAAAAAGUUGUUGAAGACCUUCCAAGGUCAUUUUUUGUUUUAAACGCACCAUAUCAUUUUUUUUUGUUUUGAAUGAAUUAUUUUUGUCAAUGGAAGUCAUUAAUAUUAUCACCGGUACUUGAAAAAAACUCUUAUAUUAAAUGGAUACUAUCAUGCCGUGUUCAAAGUAAUUUCCGCGAAAUGCAAAAUGGUCUCUGACCCUCCAAAAUUUAGUUAUCUUUUUCUUUCUCUGACGGCUAUUUUGAAUUUCGCGGAAUCACUUUGAACACGGCACCAGCAAUCUCAUUUUUUUUUCAUUUCAGCCAUUUAUCAAGGCUUGCAUUCGCUAUAAAAGACCGGAGGAGUGCAAAAAGUACUUGGCCAAAGUUCACGGAUACGCAGAUCUCGUCGCUGCUAACAUCGCCAUGAAGUGAGUCCGCUUUUGGUUUCGAUCAACAAUAAUCUAAGAAAAAUCUCACAAAAGUUGAAAUUUUUGAUCCAAAGAAUUCAUGUUAUUAUAAAACUUCCUUAGAAUUAAAAAAGUUCCAGAGAAUUAAAUUUUUAUUUAAAAAAACAAAACUUUUUUUCGGUCAGUUCCUUCAUAAUUUGAAAAAAAUCUGAGGGAAAUUCAUUUAAAAAUAGUGCUCCUUUGUUUUUUUCUGAUAUCAUCACUAAUCAGGGCCUUAAGGCUUAAAACACGUUUUUCAUGAAUUAUUUUUUUACGCGAGAUUUUGGAUUUCGAUAACUAUUGUCUAGUUUUAAAAUUAGCGGCAAUACGAACAAAUUAAGUUUUUAUAAGAAAAAAUGAUGAUAUGGGAAAAAUUUGGUGUUCAACUUGCUGUUGGAAUUUGAUAAUUUGAAGUUUAAAAUUUUUGCUAUUUAUGAAAGAUUAUUUUUGGCGUGCUCAUCCCAUUUUUCGAACUUUUUCUUCCAGAAACUACGUCGAAGCCGCGAAAAUGGCGUUUGAUCGUCGCGAUCGCGAAACGCUCCAGGCGAUUUUCCUGAAGUCGCACGAGGAUCCCGCGUCUUAUGGGAAGGUCGCACAGCUCAUUCGCUCCCUCUGA